AUGAGUGAUCGCUACAGAGAGCACAAAGGGUCGUCUCGAACGCGCGAUGAUUCUAGGAAGCACAAGGAGCGUGAGGCGAGGCGCACGAGGUCUCGAUCGAGGUCACCACGACGAAGGCGAGCGUCCCCAUCUGGCCACAGAGGAUCCCCCAGCAGACCAGGCCGAAGUCGGGAGAGGAACUUAGAAAAUGCUGAUAAGAGGCGAUAUUCUGAAAGUUGGGAAGAAUCAGACGAGGAAGUUCCCGCUCCUCCGCCGCCUCCUCGUAUUAGUAAAAUCUCGAUCGACUUCUCAAAGCCCAAGGCUCCCAUCAAAAUGACCCUCGGUGCUACUUCCAAGCCGGCUCCAAAACCAACGGUUGCGUCUGUGUUCAAUGCUGAUGAUGAUGACGAACCUGAAGAAAUGCCGGCAGAGGCGAGGAUGAGAAUGAGGAAUAUUGGGAGGGAAACCCCAACAUCGGCCGGUCCAAACUCAUUUGGAAAAACGAAGCAAGGCUUCUGCGAUGCCAAGAAAGUGUUUGAAAAGAAUUUAAAACAAGCCCUUGAAACGGCCGACAAGCCCUCUGUGAAGUUUCCACAAACCAUUUAUAAGAUCAAACCAUAA